ACGAAUCACGAGUAGAUUUGAUGAGGGAACGCGAUGAUGCGAACGAGGGUUUGGCACAAGUGUCUACUGCCGAGAAGAAAAUGCUGGGGAGCUGCUUCUGUUGCGAUGAGGCUCAGUUCGACAAAUGUAGAUGAUACGUCUCCUCUGGGAGGUAUUAGAGUGUUGGACCUGUCUCGGAUAGUGGCUGGACCAUAUUGCACCAUGAUCCUGGGAGACUUGGGAGCUGAAUAUUGUGUGAUCGUGAGGCUGCAUUGUUUAGAUACUUCUGACAUUCUGAUUGAGAAUUACGUACCUGGAAAACUGUCAAAGAUGGGUUGGUUGGACCUGUCUCGGAUAGUGGCUGGACCAUAUUGCACCAUGAUCCUGGGAGACUUGGGAGCUGAAAUAUUGAAGAUCGAGCAGCCAGGAGUUGGAGAUGAGGCUCGCAAAUGGGGACCACCGUUUUUUCAGAAUACCAACGAGUCUACUUAUUUUGCCAGUGUGAAUCGAAAUAAAAAGAGUGUCUGCAUUGAUUUAAAGAAGGGAAAACAUGUUGUUUAUGAUUUAGCUAGAAAGUCUGACAUUCUGAUUGAGAAUUACGUACCUGGAAAACUGUCAAAGAUGGGUUUGGGUUACGAUGAGAUAAAGAACGUUGCUCCGCAUUUAAUAUAUUGCUCGUUGACUGGAUAUGGAUCAGAGGGGCCUUAUUCAAAGAGACCAGGAUACGAUGUUAUUGCUGCUUCCUUGGGUGGUCUGAUGCACAUAACAGGACCAAAGGAUGGUGCCCCUUGUAAACCUGGUGUGGCAUUAACUGAUCUUGCCACUGGUUUGUACGCUCAUGGUGCAAUUAUGGCAGCACUACUUCAACGGAUGAAGACUAAUAAAGGCCAGUGGAUUCAGUGUAAUCUUUUGUCAACUCAAGUGGCCACUCUAAUAAACAUUGGCUCCAAUUAUCUUAAUGCUGGUAAGGAGGCAAAAAGAUGGGGGUCUGAACACGAAAGUAUUGUCCCUUAUGAAGCUUUUCCAACCAAAGAUGGUUAUAUGACUGUUGGGACUGGCAGUGACUUACAAUUUUCUGAUCUUCUCAGAAAGUUAGGAAUGCCUGAACUACAGUCUGAAGAAAAAUUUAAAAAUAACAUCAACAGAGUUAAAAAUAGAGGUGAACUAUUGGAAAUAUUGCGAAGAAAAUUCAAGGAAAAAACUAAUGAAGAAUGGAAUAAAAUUUUGGAAGGCUCAACAUUUCCUUAUGGACAAAUCAAUACAAUGAAACAAGUAUUUGAGGAUCCACACAUUAAACACAUAAAAUUGGUAAAAGAAAUUGAUCAUCCUGUAGCAGGAAAAAUGAAAGUUGUAGGCCCACCUGUGAAAUAUUCUCAUGCUAAAAAUGAGGUACGACUUCCUCCGCCGGGACUAGGUCAACACACUUCUGAAAUUUUGAAAAAUGUUUUGAAUUACUCUGAGCAAACCAUAGAAGAAUUGAGGAGCAAUAAAGUUAUACAAUAAUAUUUUUUAUAAACUACAUUCCUAUUGUAAUAUAUUUUUAUAUGAUAUUGUAAAAAAUAUGAAUUGUUUUAAAUAAAUUUGUCUUAUGAAAAAAGUAUUUUUUUAUAUGAAUUAAUUUCUGAUUUUAUCAUCCAAAUAUCACGCAUGCAUUUCUUGAAUGUUCAAUAAAUAAGAAUAAUUUUGGUUUACAGGAAUGUCCAACAGUUAGACUGCGUCUUAGAAAACCAAGGUCAGAUAAGAAAGUUCAAUGGACCCAAGGAACAGUUGACAAUGAAAAUAUGAAUAAAAAGAAAUCUAAGUGCUGUUGCAUAUAUGAAAAACCCAAGAACUUUGGAGAAAGCAGUUCAGAAGAUAGUGAUGAUGAAUGUGAACACUGUCAUGGACGUAAAGAUGCUCAUAAAAAAGGUGUACCCACUAACAAAGAUGAGCCACCGGGAGAUGCCAUUGCAUCGCAUCCAGAACCCAUUGCCACAGGGGGCUCUGCUUAAAAUUGAAAAAUAGAUUAUGAAAGUACACUCACAGCCUACUCCAUCAAGCUGACCAAAAGUGUGGUGUGUGAAGAUGAAUCCUAUAAAAGUCAGGAAGCAGGUGUAUUCGACUGUGAUUUUGUUAUUUGUAUUUAUUGACACGAAUCUUUCCAUUUUUUAAAUAGAACAAAUUCAUAUGAUCUGUAUUGAUAAAAUCAAACUAUCUACUAAUUAUGAGCAAAGCCAAAAUGUUCUUGUCAAUCGAAUCCGAUUCGCAAUGAAAUAAACUUCCAAAAAAUUGUUGAUCUUA